UCAACAGAAAAUAUUAGCUAUGGCUAAACACACUACUUUUCUCGCCCUCCUCCUUUGCCUCUUCCUUGUUGCUGCAACUGAAAUACAAAUGGCAGAAGGGAAAUACUGUUGGAAAAAGAGUGACAAGUGGAAUGGUCCUUGCCAAUACUCCUACAAGUGUAGUUAUCAUUGCAAACACUACUAUGGAGCUAAAUAUGGUAUUUGUAAGAAGUACAAACCGUGGGGUCAUAAAUAUUACUGGGCAAAAUAUGCUUGCUAUUGCUACUCACCUUGUCACUACUAGUCAACUUUCAAUAUCUUAUGUCUUGGCUUUGCCUAUGUAAACAAAUAAUUAAGAAGCUACCAGCUAUUUUAUGUGUGUAACAAUGUAAUAAAGCUGAUGAGUAAAUGUAUUAUAUGCUUUUCUAUUAAUAGUUUUGUACUAGUAGAACGUGUGUUGAACAUUUGUACCUUAUAAUUAUUAUAAUUAAAGCUUUUAUAUCUUUA